UGAGACAAGAGAGAUGAGAAACACUUCUCACACUACAGCAGACAUGCUAAUGCUAUCAGACAAACACAGCAAUAGCUUUAAUAAAGGAGAUGAGUGCAGCUGGAGAGAGAGAUGAGGAGCCACAAGACUGCUGAGAAACACACUAAUGCUAAUUAUAACGAGUACGCUAAUGCACAAAGAAAAACAGCUACUACAGAAGAGAGGGGGUGCAGCUGGAGAGAGAUGAGGAGACGAACAGAUUGUGGGAAACACAACCUUCUCACACAACAACAAACAUGUUAAUGCUAAUGCUAACAGACAAAGAGUAACAGUUACUACAGAGGAGAGGAGUGAAGCUGGAGAGAGAGAGAUUAGGAGCUGCCAGACAGACAAAGAGUAACAGCUACUUAUAGAGGGGAGGAGUGAAUCUGGAAAGAGAGAGAGAGAAAGAGAGAGGAGCUGCCAGACUGAUUCGAAACAUGCUGCUGAUCAGAGUUAGAUAUCAGGACUCCAGGAAAUUUAUCAGACUUCAGGAUGGAUUCACUUUUGCAGACUUUGUUAAUGAAGUCCACAGUAGGUUUGGCCUACCACCUGAGACAAAUCUACAAAUUUAUGACGACACUGAAACUGAGAUAGACGAGGACAUUUUACAAGAUGUGCUCAUUGAGAGACCGGAUACGUCACUCAUUAUUGUUAGAAGAGAGAAUGAAGAAAUGCUAUCGGAUGCAACAAGCAGCUCUUGGACUGACAUUUUGUCACUUAGUCAUUCAUCAUGCGAACUUGACCAAAUGCCAGAACGCCCUUACAAGAAAUCUAAGACAGAUGAUGCAGCAGCUGAGGCAAAAGAGAUGGUUCGUAGUGCUCUAAAGCAGACAAGUGGAGGAGAUGCUGUCCUUGCUGAAUACAGUUCCAAAAAUACACUUUCAAGUGAAAUGAGACGAGUCCUAGUCAACAUUUUGGUUGGACAUAUGGUGGAAAUACAUGGGAGAAUUCCCACAAGGAACCAGAAGGAGAUGUAUGCUCUAGGUGUUGUGACUCUUUUCCCAUCACUAAAGGAUCCGUUUUCCAAAAAAGGCUAUGAACAUUUUUAUGAUGCAGACAGUGGGACUGGAUACAUUGCAUGGCGACUGAAGACUGUUCAGAGGAACGCCAAGAAGCGAAAUAAGCCUAGCAUCUCCAAAAGAAGUGAGACUGGCUUGAGUGGACCUUCUUGGAACAGAUGUUCCAGCUCUGAGCAGCAGGAUGAGGAUACUUUAAGAGAGGCAAUUGCCUUUCUUACUCAUUCCACAGAUGAAGCACAGAUCUUACUCAAAAUGAGGGAGACUUUUUACUAUAGGCAUAGGCUUGUUCAUGACCCAAACAAGACGGCAGAUAUUCUGAAGACCUUUCCUACAUUUCUAAACACUAAAGGACUUUUGAAUCAAGACUUCUCACUACUCUUCAGUCCUGAAACAUCGUCCAAGUUGCUUGAAAUGUGGGAUACCACUUUCAAGGCAAAAAUCAUUGAAGAAGCCAUAGGCUUGACUUCAACUGCUGUUGUGCGCUCACUUCUUCUGUCAGCAAACAACCAGAGAGACAGUGAACAUUGUUCUGACUGGGACAGUGACAUGGCAACAUUGCUUUUGCUGCUCCAUCUACUACCACCGACACCUGGAAAGAAGGUCUCAAAAAUUAGUGCAUCAGAUGCCAUAAACAGGCUUGUGGUGUAUCAGAAGUCUCGUUCCUGCCUUGAGCAACAUUUUCAGAAACGAGAAGGAAGACAGCCAUACCUCCUUGCUGUUGGCAGGAACCGCGAUCAGAUUGAGCACUUCUACAUAGCUCUAGAUAAGAAUCUCAUCCCCUGUCAGUCGGAUACUUCCCUCAGUGCAUUCGAUGAGCUAUUUAAAGCACACUUUGUUUUUAAUUUAGCGUAUGAUGAGGCGCUCCUUCAUUUUUACACUUUCAUUCAGACAACAAUCUACAUGAUUGAUGUAGGGAACACCAAGGAGUCACCAAGAGUUAAGGAACUGAGAGCAAAAUUACUGAAUUAGCCAUAUAUGUUUUAAAUGAAAAUCAUCUUUCGUGAUUGAGUAGCAACAGUUUGUGUCUGAAUUUUAUUCAAACUUUCUGUCUUUUUUAAGAAUACCCCAUUAUGUUUUGGUGAUGUGGUGCCACAAGACAAUAGAAACUGGAAUUUGUUGCAAAUAAUCAACAUUGUCUUUUCUCCAGGAGUUCCUGUUGGCAUGAGUGUAUAAACAUCUAAUCAAAAAGCACCACCAGCUUUUCUAAAUUUUGUACACCAAUCAAGAUACCUCAACAGCAUUUCAUGGUCCAAAACACAAACUUUUCAAAAAUUCUCUUGCCAAGAAACAUCUAAUGUACACUGCAUGUCAGUGGGGCUCAUUAACAUUUCACCACAAAGAGUAUGGGCCAAUGUAGUCAAUUUUGAAUACCAAGAUGGUGGUAAAGAAUUGUUGUGAUCACUUAAAAUUCCUGUGUAUAGAAAUAUAUGUUCCAAUAAUGAGGUUAGAAUUGUUUCCAUUGAAUACAAAGUUGUAAUGAUUAAAAGAAAGAAAUUCCUGUAUUGUCCAAAAUUGAUUGAUAAUUAUAUAAUUUAAUAUUUGUAGGCAUUCAGCCUAUGACUGAUUUCAGUGAACACCACCAUGCCUUUAUAGUAUGCAAUGGUGAGGACCAAUAAAAAUUAUCCCUUGCUUUACUCACCCUUCCUUCAGACAAAUACGUUAGGAGUUUAUUUAUAUAUACAGGGUCGUAAAAAUUCUGUCAUAAUCUAUUAUUACUGGUCAUAUUAAUUAUUAAUGUUUUAAUAAUAAUAACACAUUUAAUUGCUUUUAUUUUUGUUUACAUUUUCACUUUUAAUCAUGAACCUACAGGACAUACAUGUUGAGGAGAACAACCUAACUGAGACAUUUUCAUCAGUUAUUUUCAUGUUCAACACCACACAAACAGGGACAACGAAGGACACUGAAAUAUUUUUUGAUUUUAAUAGAUCCUCAUUUUUAUGAAACAAUAUAAAUUGUUAAAUAUCAGUCGAUCUUUUGGUCUAUGCGGUUUUGAGUUGAUGCAUAAACAGUACAUAGU